AUGGCGGCUUUUCCCGCCUUUGAAUUUGCUCUCCCUCCUGGACUUACAAGUUGCUCCCUAAGUAUCUUGGCUCUAGGCGAGGUGCAGAUUAACAACUUCACAUUUCAUCCAUCAAGAUCAUCAGAAAAUACUAAAGAGCUGUGGAUUGCAACAUCUGAAUUUAAUUCGGCUCACCUCUGUGCCCCUUCAGGAAAUGCCAUGCUUGCAGCCUCUGUAGAUCCUGUAGUCUGGAUAUCUUGUGAAGUAUCCCACCGUGAGUGUGCCUAUUUCUCGACCACUUACUGUGUAUCCGAUAUGUUAACAACACUACUGAUAAAAUUACUGCUAUGCAGUGUGUGGGGAACUCAGAAAAUCUCAGCUAUCUUAAGCUUGACAUCUAGUCCAGCGUUGACAAUGACUGCACUCAAUGGGUCUGAAACUGAAGAUCCCAAACAAACAUUCACUGUUCUUCUUGACCUGGACCUCGGGACGGCUGAAACUGAUCUAGUCACAGAUGGUGGGACCCAAGAAAAUUCCCAGACUUCUGUAACAUCCACAGUAACCCCUGUUUUAAACAAUGUGACAAAUGGAGUGGAAAAUAAAAUUGAACUCCAGGAGCUAACUGCAACUAGUAUUGAUCCCUUACAGCCAAUUAUUGUAGAUGUAUUCAACAUUACAAGCAGUGAGAAUGCUUCUCCUGUAGUAGACAGUGCUCCUGAAGAGAAAGGAAACAAUGACACUUUAAUCUCAUCGCUAGAAACUAACAAUGCCCAUCCGUAUGAGGAUCUGCCUGUUUCUUUCCUAAAAAUACCAAAUGAAAAUAGUACAGCUGGCUAUCAGUGCUACUGUAAUAUUCCAGGACCUCAAGGACAAAAGGGAGACAGAGGUGAAAGAGGGGACCCAGGUACACCUGGGUUAGUCGGCAAGAGAGGUGCUAAGGGAGAAGCUGGACAGGAAGGAAGUAAAGGAGAAAAGGGGGGCAAAGGUGACCCAGGAGAAAUGGGUAUUGUUGGGCCAAAAGGUGAACCUGGUAACACAUGUAAUUCUUGUGCAAAGGGAGAGAAAGGAAACAGAGGUAUACCUGGCAUUAGUGGCCCCAUAGGACUAAAAGGGGUGAAAGGUGAGCAAGGGGGGAGGGGGGAGACUGGAUUGACAGGAAAUACCGGGGAAAAGGGAUCCAAAGGUAUGGACGGUGCAAAGGGGGACACUGGAGAAAUGGGACCAAAAGGAUCUAUGGGACCGCAAGGACCUGUUGGGGCAAAAGGUGAUCCAGGAAAACCUGGAAGUCCAGGGCCUUCAGGAUACCAUGGAGUCAGAGGGAUGCCAGGAAUAAAAGGAGAAAAAGGGCAAAGAGGAACUUGCAAUGAGCAUGAAAAUAUAGCAUUUUCAACAGGCCUUCAACGUCAAAGAAACCCACUGCCACCAGGAUCCCGAAUAAGAUUUGAAAAUGUUUUUGUGAAUGAAAAUAAACCGUUCAAUGUUGAAUCUGGUGUAUUUGUUGCUGCUGUUGAUGGUAUUUACUUUUUCACAUAUCAAAUAAGCACAUCACAUACAUCUCUUAAGGUUGGCCUGUUUCACAAUGGUGAAUUAACUCUGCAAGCACAAGCCAGGGAAUUUGAACAUAACAUUUGUCAAGCUUCUGGAUCGAUUCUUUUGCACCUUAAUGAAGAUGAUGAAAUCUGGCUUCAGGUUUUAAGUGGCGGUUUGAUGUCUGAUGAAACCACAGACUCUGUAUUUUCAGGCUUUUUGUUAUAUUCCAUUACAGACUAA